GUGUACAUAUGUAGGCGGUCCCCUAGCAGUUGUGGUUAUAUUACAUUCCCGGCAUUCAGCAGAUGCUCUUAAUUUUUUAUUUGUUGAAUGUACUGGUUUGACUUCAGAAAUGAAACUCCCACAGACAUUUGUUAGUUUACCAUUUGAGUGCAAUUAGAACCCGAACCUCUCACCCGCCCAGAGACGAACGUGGUACCAGUUGGCUAAAGGUGAAAUCGCCCUUAUUACGUAGUUAUUUAGAAAAUGAGGGUUGCGUCGCCAGUGUUUGUCGGUGUAACCUGCUACAAUGCCUUCGCUUUACUGCAGUUGUGUGCUUAUUUAGGGAACUAGCAGAGUUACACCAAUGCACCGUCGAUGCCAGUUGCAGCAAUAAUCGCUCUCCUGUACUGGUCGGCGUACUAGUAACGCCUAUUGAAGUAAUACGCAAGGCAAUACGAAAUCGAGCAGACUGAAAUAAAAUGGCUAAUUCUAGGCGAAGUUGCGAUAAAUGUUGUAUACUGAAAGGUACUUGGUACCCUUCGUGGUGUUUUUAGAAUUCCCCUUUGGGAUUAUUUGUAUCGCCUCAGUUUCGAUGGCACAAGCAGUUGCUCAAAUGUUCACGUUUUUAAGUAAACGUUUUUUAAAGCAAAUUAUUGCUCAAAGGGAGAGUGCAAUGGACUUUAGAACAUUAGUAACUGCAAUGAAAGUACAUUGAGAAUUUCUUUAACAAGAGUAAGAAAGUUAAGACACAUCGGUUAAGAAAAUGGUGGGGAGGGGGUCUUUUGUUCUGAAGAAAGACAGACGUUAUGUUUUUUUUGCCGACCCGCCGUAUUGAACCAAUAGAUUUUGAACAUAAAAUCGUGGACCAACAGCCUCCAAUGAGAAUCGGUCUGACGUCACCGGCAAAAGGGGAAUGUAAAUUUGCAUUCAUCCCCGGUCAGACGCUUUAAUUACGAGACACAAUUGCGUUCUCUCCACUCCAACGUGCAAAAUGCCUGAAGUUGCAAAACCUGCGCCCAAGAAGGGCUCUAAGAAAGCCGUGACCAAGACUGCUGCGAAAGGCGGAAAGAAGCGCAGAAAGAGUAGGAAGGAGAGCUACGCUAUCUACGUGUACAAGGUGUUGAAGCAAGUUCAUCCUGACACCGGCAUCUCUUCCAAAGCAAUGGGCAUCAUGAACUCAUUUGUCAACGACAUUUUCGAGCGUAUCGCCGGCGAGUCCUCCCGUUUGGCUCACUACAACAAGCGGUCCACCAUCACUUCAAGGGAGAUCCAGACUGCAGUGCGUCUUCUGCUGCCCGGAGAGCUGGCCAAACACGCAGUGUCUGAGGGAACAAAGGCUGUUACAAAGUACACCAGCUCCAAGUAAACUAGCAUAAGAAUUUCACCCAAAGGCUCUUUUAAGAGCCACCCACA